AUGGCUGCUAAGCUACUAUCACGCUACCCAUGGGCUUCUCACCCCUUCAUUGUGGGCGCUCCUAUGCGCGUCAUGUCGGGCGCCUCUCUUGCCGUCGCAGUCUCUCAAGCAGGUGGUCUAGGAUUUAUUGGUCCUGGCGUCAAGACACAGCAUAUGGAAGCCGAUCUCAAUGAAGCCUCAACCUUAAUCAACGAGGCACGCGGGUCAUCAGCGUUUAGCGCGAUCCCCUUGACGCAUCCAGUUCUCCCGGUCGGAGUUGGCUUCCAGCUAUGGGGUGACGAUAUUGAGAUAGCUAUUGCCACCGUCGAGAAGUUCAAGCCUUGCGCCGCCUGGCUGUAUGCCCCACGUGAAAGCCUCGCUGAAUUUGACGUAUGGUCGCGGAGAAUUCGCAAAGUAUCACCUCAAACACAGAUAUGGAUUCAGAUUGGUACCUUGGGAGAGUCAAAGCGGCUUCUGCAAAGCCUUGAAAAGCCAGAUGUUGUCGUUGUCCAGGGAUUGGAAUCGGGCGGCCACGGUCGGGCAACAGAUGGGAUGGGCAUCAUGUCACUGUUCCCGGAAGUUGCAGAUGCCAUGGCAAACAGCAAUGUUCCCUUACUAGCAGCAGGUGGCAUUGCCGAUGGGCGAGGAGUUGCCGCAGCACUGUGUCUGGGCGCUUCGGGCGCGGUGAUGGGAACACGAUUCCUGGCUGCCAAUGAGGCACGUAUUAGCCAAGGGUACCAGAAUGAGAUUGUGCGAGCCUCUGACGGUGCAGUCAAUACCACCCGUACAUUACUUUACAAUCACCUCAGGGGUACGUUCGGAUGGCCGGCUGAAUAUAGCCCAAGAACAAUUAUCAACAAAUCAUUCCUGGAGCAUCAAGAAGGCUCCUCUUUUGAAGAGCUCAGAAAGCUUCAUGAAGAGGCAUCAAAGAUGGGUGACAGUGGCUGGGGACCGGAGGGUAGGCUUGCUACUUAUGCAGGAGCCUCUGUAGGGCUUAUCCAUGAAGUGACAGAGGCGGAAACUAUUGUCCGGGAUGUGCAAAGGGAUGCUCUCAGCCGGAUUCAAUCCAUUGGGGUUGCCAACUAA